AUGUCCACGCGGGACUUCCACGCACAUUCUGUUCUUGUUUGUAUAUUUUGGAAAAGUGUCAAAGCAUGGGAUUGUUACGGGAUUAAUGAUACAAGUCGGGCAAGUUUUCUUGAAGUUUUCAUGGAAAGAACAAGCAGAAUGAAAUCGUUUAUUGUUGCGUUUGUUUAUAUUACAAGUGUGCCUAUUUUAGGUAAGAAUUCGUAGUAUUAGAUCAAACCAUACUUAGUGUAAUGCUUAAUUGUUGUAGGCCUCGCUGCGGCGGUCGAAUUCAAUAGAAAAUCCCGAUGUAAAUACACUAUAAACUUCAAAACUACAUACUUUAAUUGCGUAUCUAUGUGUCUGCCAUUGCAUAUGUAUAUAUAGAUCAGGAAAAAAGUUAUACUCAAAACGAAGGUUCACUAUUAAUUCUAAUUAAUAAAUCUGUUAUAUUGUGUGUUUUCGUCGGCUCACGGCUGUCUGACGUAAAUAUAACUUGAGUAUUAAUGUUUGUUUAGUUAAGAAGCGCUGAUAAACUAAGCGUUCUUGUAAAAACGACAAUUCAUUGACCUUUUGGGGUUUGGUGUAAUGGUUUAUCCAUGCUCAUUGUGUUCAGUUUAACAAUAUUAUGAUGUACAAUACCAAUAAUAAAGCACUUGUUCCUUCAAGUAUGUGGGUAGGCCCGUAUUGUGUGUUUGACUAAACUUUUAUUGAUUUAAUGACAAAGCUGUGCCUAAUUAUGAAACGUGAUUCGGAAUUAUUACAAGUGUUGAUCGUUAUCGAAUACAGAUUGUCCAUAUCGAGAUAAAAUCCCUAUCUGCAGAACAUAUGAAUUGGAGUUCGAAUGAUAAAACACUUCAGAAUUCCCACAUUUCCUUUCGGAAGAUAAAUUGCUUCCUGCAAGAAACAGGUCUCAGAUUUUUCCUUAUCUUUUUCAAAUGCUCUACCAAGCAGGCCGAAAUGUGAUUAUUAAAACAGAUAGGUACCUUUCAGCCGACAACAAUAUAUUUGUAACGCUCUAUUAGUUCGCUUUGUAGCUUACAAUGUUUUUUCAUUAGGCAUUACAAAGAGCUCGUAUGUCAAUGUGUGGGGUUUCGUAUACACAGAUAAUAAUAUGGGGUGAGACUUUAGUCUAGUCUCAGAGGUGUUCUCUCUAUGCAGCUUGACACAUACAGGGCUUUUAUGGGCACCAUUUUUGAUUUACGAGUACAAUUAUAAGUUGCGGCAAUGUGCCAUGUUCAUCAAUCUGAUCAGGCCUUGUACUUUAAAGCUAUAGUGACACAACUGUUUCCAGAUGUUAAGGCCAGAAUUCCACAUAAAUAGCUGCUCCCAUUGGUGUAUUUUUGUAAUCCAUUAAUGGUUAUCAGCAAUUGAUUACCAUUGAUUAAACCUAUUGAAUUAAUUUGAACACAUACCCCCAGUGGUUAAAAUGAUUGCUUCCAAAACAGGAGCGUGUUUCAUAGUUUUUAUUUGAGAGCGAAUGGGAACACAAGUUGUAAUGCAACUCUGCAUAAUUUUUCCAAUCUUAAUUUUUUUUAGUCAAUUUCUGCAUAAUUUUAUGCUACCGUACAUGCACUGCCGUUUGUUUAUUGUUCGAUUAUUGUUAAAACUAUUUGACCAAUCAAAACAUAUAUUUCACCAAUCAAAUACCAAUACACUCUUCCGGAAAGUAAGUCACCUUGGCUAUAGAGCCUCGUUUUCGUGAUUGAGACGUGGACUUUAACUGAUGUCACAUACACAAAAACGAGGCUCUAUAGCCAAAGUGACGUACUUUCUGGAAAGGUGUAUUGAGUUGCAGCACUCUCUCUUCAAAUGGUGAGUAAAAUUAUCUGGCUUUUGGACAGAGUAAAAUAAUAAAGUGUAGGGUGCCUCUAAGCUAUAGGCACAUUGUAACCUGCGAUCAGGCCUAUAAAUAAAUAAAUAGGCCUGAUACAAAUCUUAACAAAAGUCCAUGUUUUUACAACCGUAUUUCGGUUCUGAUUGGUUUACGAGACAAAAGAUUUUUUAAUCUGUCUUUUGAUUGGUUGGUGCUAAUUACAUUAUAUAUUGUCGUUGAUAUAUUUAUAGUGAUCACAACUAUAAGGGAGCAUUCAUUUUUUAGCUGGGGGGGUGGGCUGGAGGAACUGAAGUCUAAUUCCAUGCGAAAACUUGGAACCCUCAAGACAAAAGUUGAUAAAAAAUUAUGACCCCCUAUUUUUUUUACUGAAAAUUUUUUGACCCCUCAUCCUAACUAUUAAUCCACAUGGUGUUGUUUCCAUAGCGUUUCAGAGCCGUAGGAAGCUCUUUUUGUUUGGGGGGGGGGCUGAAAGCGAGGGCCGAAGGCCCGAGGAAAUUUUUAAAUCUAGAGUCUCUGAAAUGCCAUUUCCUGGCCUUUGGGGGAAGAUUUGACAGAAUUCUGAUGGUCAGAAAACAGCAUUUUAGUAUGUCAAAAUUGACAAUUUGGUAGUACUAAAUGGGCGAAGGCAUAUUAAUUUUACUAUAUGUUGGAUAACUAGGAUAAGUUGCAGGAAACUGUGGGUACUAUCUUCAUUCUUUGCAGUUUGUCAUGGAUAAUGUAGCCGCUUAAAAUUAAUAAAGCUUAAAAUUGAUCAAGAUCUGCAUGAUUUUGAAGUCAUGCAGACCUUGAAAUCAUGCAUGAUUUUGAAAUCAUGCUACGGUCCUGCGUUUUCUUUCAUUGAUGUUUUCACGCAAAAACGGAUAAAAACGAGGUCAAUUGACAAACGUCAUGGAAAUGUUUUCCUAUGAACUGUGUGAACAGAGCGUCAAAUGAAUUUUGCUUCAUUGUUAUAGAUGACGAGAUAGUUGAUAGAUUCUAGACCUUUUUACCAUUCUUGAUCCAAAUAUUUCCAAAUUCAAUAAAAUCAUAUUGGUGAUUUUUUCACUGAUUAUUUUUAUGACCCCCUCCAUUUAUAACAAAACUAUAAAAAGACCCACCCCUUUGAAGCAUGUCAAAAUUGGCUGACCCACCCCCAAAUUCCUUCGGCCCACCCCCCCAGCUAAAAAAUGAAUGCUCCCUAAUUAGAUUGUUGUUGUCGUUGUGUGGAAUUUAAAAUUCUCCUGCGACAUUUUGAUUGGAUAGUAAAUAUAAACUUUGCUAUGGGUGGAAAGCGAUCAGAUUAAGGAUUGUGUCAGGCUAUUAUUUGUAAAAUAGAGCCUGAUCGCAGGUUAGGCACAUUGCCACUUAAAAGCAUAAGGUUGUUUACACAUUGCUAUCUGCAGGUAUGGUUUCAGCCUUGUCUGCAUGAUCGAAUGUUAAUGAUGCGAUGUCAUCAGAUGAUAUUUUUUUAAAAAUAUCAUUACAGGGUGUCUAAGUGAAAUCUGCCAAACAAAUUGCAAUGUAUAAACUACAUUUUGCUCUAUCACUUGAUCAGAUUACAUCAGACAAAUAGGAAAGAAAAUGAUGGGGCUGAUAUUACGUCAGAUGAAUUGGAAAUUUUGUAGUGAAAUACAAAAAGCUGUCCUUGCAUGCAAGGAUAUUCUUUUGGCAUUCUUUGCUUAACCUUUGGUGGCAAUGUGCCCAGAGAAGCCCUACUUUUUUAUUUUACUCUGUCUAACACCAGACGAUUUUACUUGCCAAGGGGAGAGUGCUAUCACUCAUUGGGCCAGUUAAUGACCUUAAUCUAAGUCUGCUCCAAAGUCAUUGGAUAUCCUUUUCAUUUUUCCUUUAAAUCUAAAAACAAACCCUGUGGUUCCGGUUUCAUAUCAUGAAAAAAUUAGGGUCGGUAGAUCGGAAAUAAAUUUUUUUUUGAAUAUUUUUUUCAUGGUUUUGGUGUUUUUUUUGCUGGGCGAUUUGCAGUAGAGUCCCGACAUCAAUAUUAACUAGAGUUGCGUAUUUCCUAUGGACGAAUUUAGGCAAUUUGGUUCAAUAAUUAGGGUGACAACAAACGCCAUUUUGGCACGCUGUAUGAGCAGCCCGCAACCACCUGGAGAAAAUAGGGUCGCACAGUCAAUCGCGUUGAAAAAAUAAUAGGGUUGGCAGAAAAAAAUAGGGUUGUUCGGGAACCGGAACCACAGGUAUUUUUUUUUACGCCUUAAUCUAAAAACAAACAUCCUAUUGAAUUAGUUUGCCAGAUUGCCCAGUUUAUGCGGAUUGGAAAUGUAACAGAUUGCUUUUUCUGAGACAUUUUUUAUAACCGAAUAAUUUUACACUGGUUCAGUGGCCCUGAAUCUCAUAUACAAGUCACUUCCCCUCCAAUGCAACACAUUGCUUUGAUAAUAACUUUAUAUAAAUUGCUUUUUUUAGCAAAAAGAUAUAUAGAAUUCAACGAAGAGCCUUCAAAUCUGGUUGUAAUGAGAAAUAAACCUGCUACACUUCGAUGUAACAUCACAGCAAAAAAUAAUCUCAUAAUAUCAUGGCAUAAAGAUGGCAUAAAAUUAGAUCUUACAAAUGAUACCCGAAGGACUAUUCUGUCGCAUGGGUCAUUAUAUUUUAAGACAAUUAUUAGGCAAAAGAAGCUGUCUCCCGAUGCGGGUGUUUAUAGGUGUGUGGGUGAAACCAAAGUUAAUGGAAGAUCUUUCAAAAUACUAAGUCGGAAAGCAAGAUUAACUGUCACAGGUAAGUUAUUUGCUGGUUGCAUGCUUUGCUAAACAAUAUACCUGUAAACAGGACAUGAUGGAGGCCAGGAGAAGAGGUUGUAUAAGUAUAUAUAAAGUAUAGAAAAGGUUGAUAGGGGGGGGGGGGGUGAAUAUGUUUUCGGAUAGUCGAAUUUCACAGAAAAAAUUGUUCGGAUCUGGCGAAUAUUUUACACAGAUUUGCGGAUCUUAUUAAUACAGCGGAUUGCGGAUUUAUCUAAUAUUUUGGCUCGGAUUGUGGAUUUAGCCUCCAAUUUAGUUCGGAUCCUGGAUUGUGACUUCAUAGUAGAGCUUUUAGCGGAUUCAAAUUUAGACAAGACCAUUGUCGGAUUGCGGAUUUUGCUUCAAAUUUGGGCGGAUUUGUAUACCCCUAUUCACCCUCCCCCCCGAUAAACAGACGCAUUGAAGAAAUAAAUAAGAUGUAUUCAAUACAGGAAAAAAUUUGUGGCGCAACUUUCAAUAUUAAUCAACAUUUACUGCAAGGAAAUAAAACUGUUCCAUCUACCCAACCUGGUUUGUUAAUUAAUCACCAGUACAUGAUAUUAAUUUUUCAUCAAUUUUUGCAGGCAUGUCAAAAUCUUUUGUUGUCACACCGCAAAACUUGACAGUAAGCGAAGGUGAGACUGCGUUGUUCGAGUGCAAAAUCAAGCGAAGUCGUCCAGAGGCGAAGAUUAAGUGGAGUAAAGAGGGAAAGAACACGGAUCUAACGCUAAAUUUUAGAUUUGUCGUCUUUCCUUCUGGAACACUGGAGAUUCUCAGUGUAAUGCAGAGUGAUGCAGGGAGUUACAUAUGUAAAGCAACUAACGAGGAAAUGAGAAGAAGUGCGACAGCUAAGGCUACACUUACUAUCACUUCAGGUAAUUACAUCUAGGUUACAUAUGCGAUUUUUUCUUGCAGGGCAACGCAAGUAUGGUUCAAAUUUAACCCAUUAAGCCCCAAAUUAGUGGUCUUCCCUUGAUGAUUGAGUAAAAUCAUCUGGCGUUAGACAAAGUAAAUAAUAAAGUAGGGCACAAUAUAAAUUUCAAUGGGUUAACUAGACACAUGGGCAUAUAGGCCAGUUAACCCAUUAAUUAAGCACCAGCGCUCUCCCCCUGACGAGUAAAAUUGUCUGGUGUUACACAGAGUAAAAUAAUAAAGUAGGGUGCAUCAGGGUGCAAUGCGACUCAAUGGGUUAUAAUCGUGGAAACUGCAAUGAUUUUCUCAUCUGGUAAGUCAAGUGCAAAACCAGAGCUUUCCAAAUCAAGACUAAAUUCACGAUUUCAUGACAAAAUUUAGCACUCUUAAUUUUAGACAGAAGUUUAAAAGUUUGAUCACUGUGAAAUCGAUAGAAACAAAAAUAUUAUAAGACUGUAAUAUAUGUUUAAAAGUUAAAAGUGAAUAAAAUUGGAAUGUAUGAUGCACACACGAUUUCUUGGCAAAAUUAUAAUAAAUUUUGAAAUCUACAAUUCCACUUUUGUAUAUAAUAUUAUAUAGUAGAAAUAAAUGUUCGACCCUGGGAGUUUAGCACCCUCCAGAACAACUGGUAUGUCAUCUCAUCCAUUUACACCCCGUUUAGCAUCAACCACCCCAAAGCCAAACAAGUUCUUAGUGAAACCAAGCAAUGUGAUUGUAUUACAUAAUGAGGAUGCAAUUCUCGAAUGUAUUAUUACUGGCUACCCAAAACCCCAAGUUGAAUGGUAUAAGGAUGGGACAAAGAUCACGUUAACACAGAAUGGACAAUAUUCCAAAUAUGGUGCUAGCAGUUUAAAUGUGUCCGGAGCACAAGCUGCUGAUAGCGGCAAGUAUGAAUGCGUGAUGGGGACAGACAAGGCAGAAGCAAGUCUCCAGGUUCUUGGUACGAAUUUUCAAUUAUUUAUGUUUUUUAUCAUCUGCAUGUACAGGUACCUCUGAUAAGAGAUUCCCCUCUACUAGAACUGAAACGUUUUUAAUUCCAACAUCAUUCAAUUACCAACACCUCUUUAAUACACCUCUCAUAUACAGCUACAGUACCACUAGAAUACAGACAUCUUUCUAAUACAAACACCUCUCUAAUACAGACAUCUCUCUAAUACAGGCAUCUAUCUAAUACAGACAUCUCUCUAAUACAGACAUUUCUCUAAUACAGACAUUUCUCUAAUACAGACACCUCUCUAAUACAAACAUCUCUCUAAUACAAACAUCUCUCUAAUACAGACAUCUCUCUAAUACAAACAUCUCUCUAAUACAGACAUCUCUCUAAUACAAACAUCUCUCUAAUACAAACAUCUCUCUAAUACAGACAUCUCUCUAAUACAAACAUCUCUCUAAUACACUAAAUACAGACAUCUCUCUAAUACAGACAUCUCUCUAAUACAAACAUCUCUCUAAUACAAACAUCUCUCUAAUACAGACAUCUCUCUAAUACAAACAUCUCUAUAAUACAAACAUCUCUCUAAUACAAACAUCUCUCUAAUACAGACACCUCUCUAAUACAGACAUCUCUCUAAUACAAACAUGCUUUGAAAUAUUUUCUUAAUAAUAAUAAUAAUAAUAAUAGCUUUAAUUUGAGCAAAUCGUAGUCAAAGACUAAAUUAAAUUUACCCAUUACAAUGUUGCAUUAGAAAGGUAAAAGGGGAAACAACUACAAACAUCAAAACUAAGAAUACUGUAUAGUAUAUACUGAAUUAUUUACACUAAAUUCUAAAAAGUCAUCAUUCUAAAAAUAUGUAGGGCUAUACAUUCCCUAUCUAAUACAGACAUCUCUCUAAUACAGACAUCUCUCUAAUACAGACAUCUCCCUAAUAGAGACAUCUCUCUAAUAGAGAUAUUUCUCUAAUACAGACAUCUCUCUAAUUACAGACAUCUCUCUAAUAGAGACAUCUCUCUAAUUCAGACAUUUCUCUAAUACAGACAUCUCUCUAAUACAGACAUCUCUCUAAUACAGAAUGGAAUCACUCAUUGUUUGCAGACCUGCAACAACUUGUGCUUUUUACGUGCAUACUGGUACCUUCUUAAUACGGCCAUAUUUAGAGCUGUAAUUCAACAGCACUAAGACCACAGAGCAGAUUUGAUUAUCUCCAAUACUAUAACAUCUUUGCUUCAUUAUUUUAGUUCCUCCACAAUUUAAAGUUUUACCCACAAACAUCGAGACAGUGGAAGGCAAAAACAUUGUUUUCCCAUGUGAGGCAACAGGCUCCCCAAAGCCUAAAAUUAGUUGGUAUAAAAAUGGCGAUAUGAUCGAUGCAGUUCAGUUUGAACAUAUCGAAGUGAACGAUGAUGGAAUCACUAUUAUGGAAGUAUUAGAAAGUGAUGAAGGAAUAUAUCAAUGUUUUGCAAAGAACGAUGGCGGGGAAAUAGAAGCAUCUGCACAACUCAAUAUAAAGGGUAAGAGCAUACAUGUCAGGGGUUGGAAAAAUAAGCGAGUACUGCUCGCAGGAAUGUUUUAAAACAGCUGCAGGAAAUUUGUUUGAAUUAUAGCUGUGUGGUUAACCGAAAAAUUCGGUUCUUCCGGUACUUUUUUCAGGACCGAAAAAAUUAUACGCAAAAGAACCGGUAGUUUCGGUUUUAAUUUCCCGUUUAACGCCCGCCAAACGCCCACCUGAUUGCAGGUUGAAAUGUUUGGAAAAUAACAAGAUUGUGUCCUUUGUGCACAAUAAAGUGCUCAAAUAGUUGAUAUUUUAGUUGUGAUAGUUAUUGUUGUGAACUUGCUUUAAAUUUUUUUAAAAACUAAGAAAUAUUUCAUCUUCACAAAUAAAUUCCAAUAGACCUUUCCCCUUAUGAGUGAAAUUUUGAUCUAGAUAUGCCUGGGCAACAAUUUCAUCACAGCUUGAAAGAGCAUCAUAAAAUUAGUAAUAUUCCGAAGUUUCGUUGCGAAAUGUUGUAAAAUGCGGAUAAUAUAGCCUUGCGAAUUUUGCCGUUUUUCAGUCAUUUUGCAUUACAAUCUAACAGUUUGCAUCAGUUUGAUCAUCUGAUUAUCAAUUUCCCGUUUGUAAUACAAAAUGACUGAAAAACGGCAAACUUCGCAAGGCUAUAUAUUAUCCGCAUUUUACAACAUUUGAAUACAUUUCGCAACGAAACUUCGGUAUAUUACUAAUUUUGUGAUGCUCUUUCAAGCUGUGAUGAAAUUUUUGUCCAGACUUGUCUAGAUCAAAAUUUCACUCAAAAGGGGAAAGGUCUAUUGUUCUUUUAAAAUAUUCAGAGAUUUAUAAAAACUUACAAAGGCAUAAAUUCAUCUAUUUAGUAAAAAUGCUCGAAACAUACAUAAAUGAGUUCAUACAUUUGUACUGUUUUUUUUUAAAUAACCGAAACCGAACCGAACCGAGUUUUUUUUUGUUAAAAAAAAAACCGAAACCGGAACCGAGAUAAAAUUUUUGGAACCGCACAGCUCUAGUUUGAAUGAACAUUUGCUGUUGAAAAUUUGAAGGAAACCUUAACACCCAUGUCCCACUAUGGGCACAACAACAUAUGGUUGACAGACAUUAUUCCUUGAAUUUAAAACCAUGGUCAGCUAGAACACUUCAUGUUUAUGCACAUGCAAAUUUAGCACAAAAAUACUCCGUUGGUUUGCAGGAAAUUUGUGUCUUCAGGGUGUGCUCCCAGGAAGAAAAUUAUUUUUUCCUGCCCUGAUGCAUGCAUAGAAAUUCUACAGUUCAUGUGUGUUUUACGAAGCACCAUGCAACAAAUGGCUAGUUGUCAACAUUUUUUCUGCUUGAUGCUAAGUCUAUCACUCAGGUUCUUGUGGUUGGAGCUCGACAACUGACCUCUGUAGCUCAGUUGGUUAGAGCGCUGCACUGGAAUCGCAGGGCCGAUUCGGUUAGGUCUAAAAAUUGUAUGUAAUUGUAUUGAAAUCCGACUAUGAGGACUAGAUUUCAAGUCCGCCCGUUUUGAUAAAGUCCGAGGCGGAGCUUGUCCGAACUGGGGGAUUUGAAAUCUAUUAGAGAUUUUUAUAUCUUGCUUAGUUUGCAAAAUAUUUGACUGAAAAAAGUGAGCUGUUCGCCAUCUUGGAUUAUUGAGGAUAUGCAUGUUACGUCAAGAGAGGGGUCACGCUAAUUUUUUAUCUUGAGAGUAAGCGAUCAAUAUGGGUCCAAAACUUCGUUUCUGGUUACUGUCUGAAAUUUAGAAAUGAUUAAAAACAUUUCAAACGAUUUUGGAAUGUUACUCGGUCAUAUAUGGUUAACCCAACUCCUGACGUCAUCAAAACCAUAGUUAAUGAGGUGAAGAAUUAGUCCAAGAUGGCGGGCAGCUCAUUAAUUUCUGUCUAAAUAUUUCGAGAACUAAGCAAAAUAUGACAAAUCGGUAAUAGAGUUUAAAGAUGAUGUCCACUCCUGUGGACAUGCGCGAACUUUGUUUACGUUUUGAACUGCUAUAGUUGUAAAAUAUGAUAUACUAACUGAAUAUCUAACACUUUUCUGGUUCGCUAUACUUGUUAAAUGAAUAUAAACUGUACGUUUCAAUUAAAAAAAAGUUCGAAAGAUGCAAAAUUUGGGCAAUGUUUAUAUCUGGGAUCCCCUUUGUUAUGAGCAGAACUGAUGCGCAGAACGCAGUGGACAUCAUCUUUAAUAUAUAAUUUUAAGAGUUCUCUUGAAUGAGGCAAACUAAUUUUUUAUUGCCAAUCUCCUUUAAACGAGUAAAUCAUUACAUUUAUAGGUCCGACAACUACUCCGCCUACGACUGUAGCGACAACAACAUUAACAACAAUGCAAGUAACAACACGUGCGCCAUCCAUCAAGAUGCUUGCUCCCAGUGCGCCGAAGAAUGUAAAAGCCGCAGCAGAAAAUACAACCGCGAUUCGUGUAUUUUGGCAAGAACCUGAUCAACCUCACGGCAAGAUCAAGAAAUACACUGUUGUUACUCAUAAAGUUCCCGAUGGAGGUAGGUUUGAGCUGACAGGGUAAAGGUAAUAAAGUAGGACGCAAUGCAAAUGAAUGAAUUAAGGCUGAUUUCCACUGUUGCGUUUUUCGUACGCACGUACACGCACAUAAAACUUUGAAUCCUUCUAUUUUUUAAGUAUUUUACAAAUAAGUUAACAAAUGCAUACUAAAACUUGCGGAACACUAAAUUCUGUUGCUUUAUUUAUUUGGUUAUUUCAUAAGUAACAUUUAAACGGAUUUAAAAUUUUACGUGCGUAUACGUACGUAUGAAAAACGCAACAUGUUGGUGUCAUUCCUCGUAAUGCCUUAAUGGUGGGGUGGAUAAGCGCACUAUUUUUCAAUUAUUGUGCAGUUGGUGAAGAAAGCACCGUAUUGAAAUAACGCUGAUAGCUAAAAAUUUAGAAUUUCUGAUAUUUGAAUAUAAAUUUCUAUUAGGGACCGGUCAUAAAGUAACUGCUAGGGUGGGCUGGAGUGAUUUGGGAUGGGCCAUGGAAAAUCUUUGGGCAGUUUCGAUGGGCCGCCAAUCUUUUUGUAUGUCCACGGUUGGGCCACGAAACAAAAAACCUAUGCAUGUCUACUUCAAAAAAAAAAUAUACUAAUAAUAAAAGUAAACAAAACUAUCCAAAUUAUCAAAUGCAAAUGAUGCUAUUGAAGCCAGUACUUUGUAAAUACAACAAGAAGAAGUGAUCGAAUCACAGCAAAUACAACCAACUGGAGAGCAGCUCAGUAUCAAUGUGUUGGUCAAGCUUGGUGGAAUUAUGUAUGUCAAUACAGUGCCAUGUAUAUUUACAAUGUUCAUACCUGCAAGUUUUUUAUUAUUAUAAAAGUGUAUUUUCCCAAUUUAGAUUGGGUGGGUCACGAAAUUUUUUUUGUAAGAUUAGAUGGGCUUUGAAAUUUUUAUCUACAUCCUAAGAUGGGUCACCAAACUUAUUGGCAAAAUGUGUGAUUUACCUCCAGCCCACCCGAGCAGUUACUUUAUGACCAGUCCCUUACUGAUAGAAAUUUUAAAAUUCCAAGGUAGCUCACAGAAAAAAUAAAUUGUAUGGUUGAAACGUACACAAAAACUGUCUUUAGAACAUUAAAGCAGUUUUUUGAUUUGCCAAGUCGUUUUAAGUUAAUCAGUUUCGAAAUCGCGCAAAAUAGAUAAAAAGUAGGUGCAAAGACUGGCACUAGCUUCAAAUUGCCUUUUUUAACAGGUUGCAGCUCAGGAAAUUUUUGGAAAAUCAAAAAACUGCUUUGAUCAAAAUUAAUAUUCUAUAGACCAGUUUUUUGUGUACGUUUCAACCAUACAACUUAUUUUUCUGUGAGCUACCUUGGAAUUUUAGAAUUUCUAUCAAUAAUAGAAAUUUAUAAUAAAAUGUCAGAAAUUCCAAAUUUUUAGCUAUCAGCGUUAAUUUCACAGAUAUCUGAUAUUCAUACUUGUGUCAAAGUCUACACAUCCUGUCAAUAUGGUGCUUUCUUCACAAAAUGCACGAUACCUUAAACACUUAUCCGCCCCACCUUGAUGGUCUUUUUUCAUUGCAGGAAAUCCAGAAUUCAAAUCCAUGCCAGAGACGCAAGACACUCAAUUAGUUGUGUCCAACCUAGAACCGGGGACGUUGUAUCAAUUUGUUGUAUAUGCUUCGAAUGAAUACAAGAAGGGUGCGCUGAGCAAGAGUGUAGGAGAAUAUACAGCGAAAAGAAAAACCCCGGCACUUGAACCACCUCGUGAUGUUCAAGUCACUGCUAUAAGCUCUAUGGCAUUGAAGAUAUCAUGGAAGCCACCGUUGAAUGCGUAAGUAAAAUACACUCGCCAGUAUUUUUUAUGAGAGUUGGCAGCCAGAACUUUCCGCAUCGCUAUGCGUUUUGAACCUUUCUAAGUCGGUCUAUGACGAAAAAAAGUUUUCGAUCAGUUCGAAAUUUUCGAAGUCAAAAUUUGGUCGAAAUUUUUUAACUCAAAAUUUGGUCGGAAUUUUCUAACUCAAGAAUCCGGGUAACGAGUGAGCGUAGUAGAAUCUAUAGUAAAAUCCGGUAAGGAUUCAUCUGCAUACGGCUGGUUAGUUUAUAUGUCAAAAAGUGCUUUAAGUGUCCCUUAAGCCAAACCGUUCUGCGUCACUACGCGUUUUGGUCUAAUUGGGUCUAAUUUCUAAAUUCUAAUUGGGUCUAUGACGAUCACAUUCUUUCUAUCAGAUCGAUGGAAAGUUGUUAUGGAAGACAUUUGAAGCUCCAACUAUGGCCGCUUUCCAUUAACACGGCCAGACCGGUCAGAACGCUCAAAUUGUUGAAUGGAACACAAAACGUUUGGGCUUCGGCCCUAUCUGCCCGGAAAAUUUAGAUAAAAUUAUAAUGAGGUCCAUUUUCGCUAGAUAUUUGAGAAACAUAGACCAGAUCUUUUCAUUGAUACAGAGACAAAAAUUCGGGUCUGGCCGGUCAGGCCAUUGAAUGGAAAGCGCCCUAUGUUCCAACUUUUAAAACAUUUCUAGGAGAGAAUGCCCCCGGACCCCUGCGGUAAUGUACCCCCUCUGGAAAACCUCCACCCCCUCUAACAAAUCAAGCCAUAUCUGCCCAUGGCACAACUCAUUAACCUGCUCAAGUCAAAGGCUUUCUAUGGGCGCCUCUGCAGCUUUUGUUGGAGCAUUGACUGACUCUUUUCACAUAACUAUCAUGAGUCUGAAGCGAGAAUCGAACCCACAAUCUCAGAGUUGAGAGGCGCUUGUCAUUCCAAAACUCGUUUGGGCACCGCAGUAACAUUCACCUCUGCCCGUUUUCAUGUUUUUCUAAAUGUAAUCCAUAUUUUUUCAGCUUGUUAGUGAUAAAGAACUACUCCAUCGAGUAUCGUGAUAUUGAUCGAAAUACGCCGUGGCGUAUUGAGUCAUCGCUGAGGCAUGGCGUAGUUCUUCUUAAACUUCGUCCUUACACCAAGUAUUCAGUGAAAGUCACUGCGCACACUGAUGGUGGGCCUGGGCAAACGUCAUCUGUAUUCUCUGCCAGAACUAAAAGCGGAAGUAAGUUUCGAUUUCAAAUACUCUCCGGAAUGUAAGAGAUACACGCUUAAAAAUAUCUCAUCUUGUAGGAAGUCUGCCAACAAGCCGUCAACUAGUUGUGCUCGCACUGCUUGUCCCAAAUUGUCAACAAGUUUGGAAUAAGCUGUUAACAACUUGUAACAACCUUGUUGACAUUAUUAGACUUGUUGCAAGGUUGUUCCAACAAGUCCAAUACAGUAAUGAUAUAACAAUAUCGUCAACCUUCUAAUAUUCUUGUUAAAUCAUGACUGUAUCAGACUUGUUAGAAACACCUUGUAACAAUUGAUAAUGCCAUCAAGCUUGUGACAAGUUGUUAACAGCUUGUUCCAAACCUAUUACAACAACUAGGAACAAGCAAUGCGAACACAACUUGUCGACAGCUCGCAACAAGUUGUUCCAACAAGUCUGAUAUCGUCUGCACGUAACAAGUUGUUAAAAAGUUGAUGACAACAAGCUCGUACAACCUUGUUACGAACAGCCUGUAUUAGUCUUGUUGGAACAACUUGUAGCAAGUCUGUUACCGUCAUCAACCUUGUAAAAAGAUGAUAACAACUUGUUCCAGACUUGUCAACAACUGGGAACAAGCAGUGCGAACACAUCCUGAUAUCGGCUUGACAGCAACCUUGUUACAACUUUUCUUUUGUUUUUUUUUUGUUACAACUUGUUUGCAGAUUUUGUUACAACUCGUGCGUUUUUACGUGUCAUUGGUAUCAGUUGGAUAUAAACUUACUUGAUCUCCAUAUAUCAUCUACAAUGGAUUUCAACAAGUCUAGACAAAAUACCAUCAUAGCAUGAAAGAGUAUCACAAAAUUAGUAAUAUUCCAAAGUUUCGUUGCGAAAUGUUGUAAAAUGCGGAUAAAAUAGCCUUGCGAAAUUUGCAAUUUUCAGUCAUUUUGAUUACAAAUGGGAAAUGGUUACCACUUUUCCAAAAUUUUGAUCUUAACUAGCCUAAACAAAAAUUUCAUCACAGCUUGAAAGAGCAUCACAAAAUUAGUAAAAUUAGUAAAGUUUCGUUGCAAAAUGUUGUAAAAUGCGGAUAAUAUAGCCUUGCGAAGUUUAUAAUUUUCAGUCAUUUUGUAAAACGCACAGAAGUGGUAACCAUUUCCCGUUUGUAAUCUAAAAUGACUGAAAAUUGAAAACUUCGCAAGGCUACAUUAUCCGCAUUUUACAACAUUUUGCAACGAAACUUUGAAAUAUUACUAAUUUUGUGAUGCUCUUUCAAGCUGUGAUGAAAUUUUUGUCUAGACUUGUUGAGUUCAAAAUUUUGGUUAAUUGGGGAAUGGUCCAUUGAGAGAACAUUUUCCGUGUUUUUCUACAGAUAAAAAUAAACACUCUUCUUAACCAAUCAUCUCUCGCGUACUAGAAAUGUUAUAUUAUAAUACUGUUUGUGUAUUUUAGAACCCAAUGGACCACCGGAGGAUAUAAAAUUAGUUGCUACUAAUGAUAUUCUAGUGGCCAAGUGGAGCCCGCCUUCAGAUCCUAACGGCAAUAUCACUGGAUAUGAAAUACAAUUGAAGAAUGAAAAUUCUGGAAAUGUUUCCAAUUUCACAACUAAGGUAGGUUGAGGAUACAAUGACACAUCCUCCUCACGAAACAUUAGGGCCAUUUAUACGGAACAAAAUAAGACGCGACGUACAUAAGACGCGACUUAAAUAAGUGGAGUUAUCGCAUAAAUGGUUCUCUACGGCUUUGGUCUUAUUUAUUUGCUAUAGCUAUAAUGUUGUUUUGGUUGUUUUUGUUUUAAUAUGCAAGGCAUUAAAUUUUACGUUGUUUCAAGUUUCUGGCAUGUGUAGUUAGACUUUUUGUCCAAAAUUUCUUAUUUAAGACGCGACUUAAAUAAGAACAGCUAAAAGACCUGUUCUUAUGUAAGACGCGUCUUAUCCAAGACACGUCUUACAUAAGAAUUUUGUAUCUUUUAUACGACAAACUCGCGUCUUACCUAAGUCGCGUCUUAUGUAAGUCGCGUCUUAUUUUGUUCCGUAUAAAUGGCCCUAUUGUUUCAUCGCCAUAUUUUUCGAAGAUGGAAAAACCAAGAGCAAAUGUUUUUUCUUGGUGGGCAAACCAGGGAACAUUGUUUCCUAGCCAUGUUUCUCGAAGGUGGACAAACCAUGAAGCAUUGUUUCCUAGCCAUGUUUCCCAAAGGUCGACGAACAAAAAACAUUGUUUCCUAGCUAUGUUUCCCAAAGGUGAACAAACCAGGGAACAUUGUUUCCUAGCCAUGUUUCCUGAAGGUGGACAAACCAGGGAACAUUGUUUCCUGGCCAUGGUUCCCGAAGGUGGGCAAACCAAAAAACAUUGUUUCCUAGCCAUGUUUGCUGAAGGUACAGCAGGCAAACCAGGAGACGUUGUUUGCCCACGUUAUGUUUCUGAAUUUGGUGGGAAACAUUCUAGAAGCAUGAAGCGUAUCAUUAAGAAACGUAUAUUUCUAUCAAUUUCAGAAAAACAAUAAGGUUUUUAUGAAUGUUGAAAAAUCUGCAACUUACGCGCUGAGAGUAGCGGCAGUAACAGAAGCAGGCCGGGGAGACUUCAGUCAGUGGAUGAGAAAAGAUAUGCCUGCCCCACCAAUAACAGGUAAUGUGUAUUUAUUUGAACCUGGCUAUAACCGAGAAAUUCGUUUAAGUCAUUUGAAUCUCCUUACUAAUGCCUACAAUGCGUCAUAUAAAAUUCACAUGUAUGGGGGAUGAGUCAGUCCCGAAACGUAAGGGAGCUUCUGGGGUGCAAUCUCCAUAAGAUUAGGAGAAUCUAGCGAUUUGCAAAGCGCUCUGGACUCAGUACAAAGUUGGGCUGUGGAAAAUAAAAUGGAACUGAAUGCCAAAAAGACAAAGGAUAUGUGGAUUAACUUCACCGAAGCACCACCCCCUCUACCACUGCAUAUAGGAGAUGCUAUCAUAGAAAGAGUCGAUAAUUUUAAACUCUUGGGAAUCUGGUUUCAAAAGGAUCUGAAAUGGAAUAAACAUGUCGAGGAGACCACCCGAAAAGCAGCUAAAAACCUGUACUGCCUACGAGAAUGUAGAAGAGCGAAUCUACCAGUCGAAGUGGGUCUCACCACUUAUUUAACUAAAAUCAGGCCUAUCCUUGAAUAUUGUUCUCCAGUGUGGGGUGGUCUGCCACGAUAUCUAAAGGACGAAUUGGAACGUGUGCAAAGGAGGAGUCUACGAGUUAUUAGCCUCCCGCAUGGUUACCUGCCAUGCCAACUCUCGAAGAGAGAAGAAUUGAAGCCAUAUCGAGGGAACUCGUUAACAUCUUAGGUGAUCCAAGUCAUAUCUUUUAUCAACGAACUAUGGAACAUAAUAAACAUAACUAUAAUCUUAGGCGUAGAGACGGUAUAUUUAAAUACGCACCUUUCUCAGGCACUGAACGACACAGAAAUAGUUUUGUCCCACGAGCAAUGAGACAGGGGUUGCACUAAAACCAAACUUGGUUUUUAUUAACUUUUUAAAUAAUUUCCUAGACUUCUAAAUUUUUUACUCCAAAUUGUAUAUAUAUAAAUUUUAGAUAGUUUGUAAAUAUUAUCGCAUGCUUAGUUAUGCUCUUCUCUUUUAAUAUACAUAUUUGUAAAUCCAUUGUAUUUUUAAACUAAAGAUGGAUCAAUAAAAUCAUCAUCAUCAUCUUAGAGCAAGCGGUUUGAUUCUCGGGCUCAUGAUACGACCAAGUUGUGGGUUUUCUCCCACAGGGAAUGUUGACAGGGUGGGUUGGGACAAGCCCCUAACUGACCCUUCCACCGUAGUUGUGUUCCGUGAUCAGAUAUGAGUCGUAAGGUGGCUGCCAUAGGCGCCUUUAGUAAGCCUUCGACUCAAUGUCCUUCGCAUUUUAGCUUAAGCUGUCGUCUGCAAGUAACACAAGUAGUACACCUCGAUUUACUAAGAUCCCAUCUUGUAUUAGGAUCCCGGUCAAAUCGGGUAUGAAAUUUUCCACAUGAGCACAGGGAUGGAUCCAGCAUGAUCUGGGGGGGGCGGUGCUCUGCCAGCUCUGGUGCCGAGUUGUGUCGGUCAUGUGUGCCGCCCGCCCAUCAACUUGCUUCACUACUGCAAAGUCUUGAAUUGUAAUUGUUGUUCACAGUUCGCUUAUCAUCAUGUUAUUACUCAAAUUACUGUAUCUCAUUUUGUCUCUAAUAAUUUUUUGCUUUAUCAUGAAAAAUAGCACACCCCCUGCACCCCCUCUGGUCAGGGCUAGGGGGGUGCACACCCCCCUCCCCCGCACCCUCCCCAGUAAAUCCAUCCCUGCAUGAGCACCACAUUCCACCUGUCCAUUUUGAUCUAUACUGGUGUCAGGCAGCAUAGCUGUAAAGUGUAAAUAAGAAAAUUAUAUAAACAGUACUAUUACUAUCGAAUUACAACGGUCAGUUUGUUCAGACACGAAAAGUAUUUUGAAGGCUCCUUGUUUAGCAUUUCUUAAAGGUCCGUUUAUUUUUGCUUCCAUAAUGAACAAGUGGACAAGUUAGGUUAGUUGUUAGCUCUAGCAUAUUAGGGCUAUUUAUACGAGACAAAAUAAGUCGCGUCUUAUAUAAGACGCGUCUUAUAUAAGGCUGAAUUAUCGCAUAAAUGGUUCUCUACGGAUUUAUUCUUAUUUACUUGCUAUAGCCAUAAUGUUGUUUCGGUUGUUUUUGUUUGAAUAUGCAAGGCUAAUAAUUUUACGUUGUUUCAAGUUUCGGGCAUGUGUAGUUAGAAGUUUUGUUUAAAAUUUCUUAUUUAAGACGCGACUUAAAUAAGAACAGCUAAAAAUCCUGUUCUUAUGUAAGACGCGUCUUAUCCAAGACGCGUCUUACAUAAGAAUUUUGUACCUUUUAUACGACAAACUCGUGUCUUAUUUAAGUCGCGUCUUAUGUAAGUCGCGUCUUAUUAUGUCCCGUAUAAAUGGCCCUAUUGUUUAAAGGUGUAAGUAACCUUUCGUGUUUAGCUCCACAUGCUUUAAUGUUUCUGGUGCAUGAUUUUACCAUCAGUUAGGCUCAGGCUUUUAGCCAGAAGGGCGUCCUGGGACGCCCCUAGAACGAAAAAUGGACACCUUUGGACGCCCAAAUUCUGGGGGGAAAGGGAAAUUAUUUUCAAAUGUUUCCCUAAGUAUAUUAAUAUAUCUGAAACGAAAUAGCUUCAAUUCUCAUUAUUAUUAUACAUUUUAAAUUUUGAUCAAUUUGAAGGUGUGCCUGGCUGAAUGAAAAUGUCGUAGUUAAGUAAAUAAGCAUAGCGGCACAAACUCUCAAAGCCAUGUGUGUUUGAAAAAUUUCGAACGAGCUUGUAACAGAUACUGACAUAAAGUAACGUAAACUUCAAAGGUUUUCCGGACGUUUUCUCAACCCCUACUGUAGAUGUAUCGUUAUAUCAAAAUUGGACACCCUCUUUUAGAACCCUGGCUAAAAGCCUGGUUAGGCUGCGAUUUCUAAUUUUCUAAUGCGAACAAGUAGAUGAGUUACGAAUGUUCUGCGUAAAAGUAAUUCAUUUUCUGUGUUCAUUCAUCUUUAACAGAGGACGUAGUUCCGGGAAAACCGACCAACUUGCGUACUCAUGUUGUUCUGGGUAUGGUACGGGUCAGUUGGGACCCUCCGAAAGAAAGUCAUAUCAUUGUACGGCAGUAUGUUCUCAGUUAUGGCAAGAUGACACCAGACGACACGUUCAAAAGGUUACCAAACACUACGACUUCUUAUCUUCUCCAAAAGUUACGUAAGUACAUUGUUUGGAUACCGUUUGUUAGCCUUACCAAUGGAUCUCAGCACUUUAUGAAAAUGCGCGGCGCCAUGUUUGUUUUGUUUUGAAGCAAUCUGUGACCGUUAGGGGCCAUUCACAAAGGAUGUCCGAGCCGAGGGGGGGGAGGGGGGUUUGGAAAAUCAGGACAAACUCGGACAUAGGGGGGGAGGGGGGGUUUUUAGCAAUCCGGAUGUCCGAAAUUUAAAAAAAUUCAAAAAUAAAUUUCUUUUUCCCUCUAUUUUGAGCAGUCCUUCCCAUUGUGAAAUUGGCAUUUUGACUAUGCGGUUAACACUAGAUUUUGUUUUAAUUAGUAAUUUAUAUGUUUUUGUGUUCACAUUUACAGUUAUAACAAAGUUCUAAAAGUAAAAGUUUUACUCUUGAUAUAUACAAGAUUGCGUGAGUUUUUACGAGGCAUGGCGGAUGUCCGGGGGGAGGGGGUUCAGUAAUUCGGACAAUGCCGGACAAGGGGGGGAGGGGGGGUCUGAAAAUCCAUCAUUUGGCCGGACAUCCUUUGUGAAUGGCCCCUUACUUCUUUAAUUAAUUAAACUAAAUUUCUUGAAACUGAUUGGUUGAUUUAAUCAUCACAAUGUUUUUCCACCAAUCAGAUCAGUUUGUUACAGAUUUUUGCACUGUGAUUACAGAAAAUUGCACUGUGAUUACAAAAAAUUGCACUGUGAUUACAGAAAAUUGCACUGUGAUAUAUUACAGAAAAUUGCACUGCUGUUUGCGAUUAACUGCACUGAAAUCAACCAAUCACAGUCGAGUAAUAUCUUUAUGUAUAUUAUUACAACAGAAACACCUUGAAAUAUAUUUCUACAGAAUGUUUAUUACACUUCUCAAGCAAAAACAACAGAGAGAUCUAUAUUUUCUUGUUUUCAAAUUAAGGAUAAUUCUUCCAAGAUUUUCCCAAAUUUUUCUCCAUGUCUCAAGAAAAAUUCUUAACUUUUCUUGUUUUAAGAAAAAUUUUCUUAUGAUGUGCAGGUAUUUCUUACUUUAGAGACGAAUUUCUUAUUUUAAGAAAAGCAAUUGCUGUGUAUAUUUUUUAUUUUAAGAAUAUUGUGAAAAGAAAAUUUUCUUGAUUUCCUAAACUAAUUCGUGAAUUUGGACAAAAAAUGCUGGACUUAGACAACCUUUUAUGGUUAUAUAGGUUUGGAAAUCCAUAUUGAACCAUAGAACCCCAUUACUUAACUUUGUAUAGAAUAAAAUUUUGAAAUUAUCUUGUUUUGAAGAAAAUUAAAAAAAAAAAUUCUUAUUUUAAGAAACAGCUUAAUUAUUCUCAUUGUAGGAAACAGCUUUAUAUAUUACUUAUUUUAAGAAAAUGGUUUCUUGUUUUAAGAAAUUUUUCUCAAAAUAAGAAAAUUGUAUUUUCUUAACUUAAGAAAAUGAAAGAAAAUGAUUUUUCUGUGUUGGUCAAUCAAGAUUAGUGAGUUUGGGAACUUACAACAGAAAUCGGCAGAAAACAAAGUUGCUUCUUGAAAGAACUUAUCUUUAUUCUGAACAGCCCAUACGUGAUAUAUAGAACAGUCCAUAUAAACCGUAUGUUCUGAGUAAUCAUUUCAUAUUCAGCGUUUAGUGCGGGCGGGAGAAGAGAGGGCGUCUGAAAAAAAUCGCCGGUACAAAAAAGGUACACGCACAAUGCAAACGGCCUACAAAUAUAUCUAAAUUCAAAUUAUUUUAAACCCUGCGAUACUUUACUAUUCUACAGAUUGUUUCAUUUCAUUUGCGUAUCAUAUACUAUAGUAUCCCCAAAUAAAGAUAUAUUUCCACCAUUUUUCAGAAUCUGGCACAAUCUACAUUAUUCGUGUUCGGGCGAAAAACGCCAAAGGACAAGGAUUAGAGGCUUUGGAACGUAUUACAAUUCCGCCUUUAAGUAAGUAUAAACUAUAAAGGCCCAUUACCACUCAGGAAAAUUUUCCGCAGAAAUAAAAUUUUGUAAAAUGUCAUUGGCCGACACAAAUUUUCCGUCGGAAAAAAAAUUUUGAAGUUGAAUUUUGAAGUUGAAAAUUUUCAAUUUUUAACAAUGAUAUUUUCGGAAAAAUUUUUGUCCUUGGAAAUUUUUCUUGAGUGGAAAUGUGGGUUGGCACCGAAGAGAAAAGGGUUGGGUGAACAAAAUUUUGAGGGAGUAAAAGGUUGGGUAAAUGAAAAAUAAAACAACUCAAGGGUUGGGUAAUAAAAAUUUAUUGUCAUUUCCAAAGCAUAACUCACUUACAUAUUGAAGACUAAAAAGCAAUGUCAACAGUCAUGUGUAAAUGCAAUAUUUAAGUCAACUAGUCGCUAUCUUGAUUAUUCUCUAAUAUUUGUCAGGAAAACACCCUGAACAGGGUGACCGAUCAAAGUCCUUGUGUAGGAAUAAAUAGUGUUUUUUUUCCAACGUGUUUCUCCUUACAUGCAAACAACGGUAUAGCUUCGUUUUGUAUAUUUCAUUUCCGGUGAAUGAACACGGAUGCACACCGAUUACACUUUGUUUUGUACAUUUCAUUUCAGUGAAUACACACCCAAUAUGAAUGAAACGCGAUACAUUUUGAGAAAAUAGUUAAUGGGAAAAAGUAAAUAAAACGUUCUUUGAUAUAAUGAUAUAAAAUCAAACGCAAUGCACUUUCUCAUCAGAAAAAAUGAAAAUCUUCCAGUAGACCCAGUUGGGAAAGCUCCUUAGCUACUUCAAUUGGGAAGAGUCCAUCAAACGGACAGUAUAUGGGCUAGCUAACGCCCUGCUGAAGAAGUAACGUGUGUAAUUUUUUAUCUUCGCUGUCUUCUAAAAGAUAACUUUAUUUGUGUAGAGCAAUCAUCGGGUAUUUACAACUUGCGAGCUGUCCCGAUUAAGAAAAGAACAUUGAAACUGUCGUGGAUUGAUCCCACCAUAAAUCUACGACCUAAUGUUGUCUACCAUGUAAAGUUUGAAAAAGAUGGUACCUGGCGGCAGUUCAAUGUGACCAAAAGAACUUCAUUGGUUGUGAAAAACCUUCGUCCUGGCAUGACCUACACCUUCUAUGCGAAGAAAAACGAUGAAUCAAAGUUCGUCACUGUUUCUAAUAGUACAAGAGAGGAAGGUAGGGGUCCAUGUUGUAGAGACCGCGGGGGGGGAGCUGGCUUC